GAAGAGAAUUGUGAUGAUGAAGUUCUUCGACAAGUUCGCACAGAUAGGCGAGCGCUGGAUUAGGCUUUCGUCAUAGGUUUACUUCAUAUUUUGCUGCCGUUCUCGAUGCUCGGAACAUUUCGGCGCUUUUUUCCUGCAGGGCUCUGCAAUCGUCGCGAAUUUUUAUGGAAUCGGCUAGGGUUUUUAUCUACAGCAUCGACCCGGAAUAAACGGGGAUCACUGGAGCUGGAAGAGGUGCAAAAGGUCCUCAGGGACGUCAAGGCGGACGAUGUGAGGGUGAUACACGUGGGCGACCAAUGUAACUGCACUGACCACAUAGUCAUCGCCACCGGCAGGUCCACCUGGCACGUCAAGAACAUCGCUCAGGCCCUUCUCUACAAGGCAAAGCAAAAACAAAAGGGUGCUGACCGAAUGAUACUACCAGGUGUAGAAGGUCAAGUAGGGGGAAAGUGGGUUGUGAUUGAUUCUGGUACUGUGAUUGUUCAUGCCCUAGAUGAAAAGGCAAGAGCAUACUAUGACUUGGAAAGCCAUUUAUCAAAAGAAAGAACCCCUAAAGCAUCUAUCCAGGAUUUGGAAAAAGUCUUCGUGAAGAUUCGUCCUAUAAAUAAUUCAAAGAAGAAACCAGCAAAAGUUGAGUGAUCUUAUGAUUUUAUGAAUUACAAGCUUAUUAUCAAUAGGGAUGAUUCCUACUACUGUUCAUAAUCAAGUUUUGGUUCCUGGUACUGUGCUACAUGCGUAGAUUUGAAAUUGUUGCUUAAAAUAUUGUUUUUAAAUUUAUUUUAUUCAGGUUAAUGCAUAUUUGGUUGCAUUGA